AUGUCAACGGGAGUUGUUGUUAGCCCCGUCCUCGCCUGGGCGGAGCUGCUGGAGCUGCUCGUAGUGGAGGCGCUGGGAGUGCAAGUGUUUCUGGUUCUGGAGGUGCUCGUACCGGAGGUACUAGAGCUGCCAGGACUGGUGGUUCUGCUGGAGCUGGAGGUGCUGGUUCUAGGGUCUGCUGGGGUCCUCCUGGUGCCGCAUCGAAGCGGUCACCUCUCUCGCCGCAGCAGCUGUGUGAGUGGCUUGCUUCGCGCACCCGCCUUCGGAGUCACGCUGCUGGACGUGGAGGCGCUGCUGCUGGAGGUGCCGGAGCUGGAGGCACAGGAGGUGGAGGCCCUGGAGCCGGAGGUACUCGCCCUGGAGGCACUAGAGCUGGAGACCCUGGAGCUGGCGGUCCUGACUCUGGGGGUACUGGAGCUGGAGGCACUGGAGCUGGAGGCCCUGGAGCUGGUGCUGUCGACCCUGGAGUUGGAGACCCUGGAGCUGGAGGUGCCGGUUCUAGGGGUGCUGCUGCUGGAGGUACUAGGGCUGGAGACCCUGGAGCUAGAGGUGCCGGUUCUGGGGGUGCUGCUGCUAGAGGUGCUGGUGCUGGAGGCCCUGGAGCUGGUGCUGUCGACCCUGGAGUUGGAGACCCUGGAGCUGGAGGUGCCGGUUCUGGGGGUGCUGCUGCUGGAGGUACUGGAGCUGGAGACACUGGAGCUGGAGGUGCCGAUUGAUGCUGGGGGUGCUGGAGCUGCUGGAGGCGCUGGAGCUGGAGGUUCUGGAGCUGCUAGACGCUGCAGCUACUGGUGCUGGUGGCACUGCACAGCCGCGACUCCAGGCUCCCCUCUGCCUGCUCCUUCUCCUUACACUGAGCAGACAGACUCGCUUACAGAGCGUCGUGAGCCUGUGUCUCGUCCUGCCUUGCCUGUUCGCGCUCGUCGCACUAGUCGUCGUGUUCCUCGUGAGCGUCCGCCUCCUGUCCCCGGCACGCACACUAUGGCACUUCGUCCUUCCUCUGUUCCACAGCGUGUUCCCCUGCCGUCUCCUCCUGAGUCCUCUCUUCCGCACGUUCCGGACCCUGAGUCUGACGUGGUUCGUGCUGAUCACCCUACUGUCACGUGUCUCCUAGCCACUGUUGUCACUGACCCUUCGUUUGAGUCUACUGCUGCGUCUGCCUUAGUCGCUGAGCUUGUUGACUUUGCUGCUGCUUGUCGUCUCGACUACGCCGCUAGUCUUGUUGCUGAGUCUGAGUCAGUCUGUCCUCCGUCCGUCGGGGGUGAGUGUGCUCUUGGCACGGACGUCCUUGAGGAUAGGCAGGAGGACUUUGAGUGUCUUGCAGCCGCUGCACCUCAUCUCGUGGCCAUGCUUCUUGCCCCUGAGGGAGACCCGGAUGCACUAGACAUCCCGACCCCGCGCUCUUACGCAGAGGCGAUUACGGGUCCCUACUCCUCUCAGUGGCAGACAGCCAUGGACGCAGAGAUGGCAUCCUGGAAGUCCACAGACACUUACGUCGAUGAGGUUCCCCUUCCUGGGGCGAACAUCGUCGAUGGCAUGUGGAUUUUCAGGGUGAAGCGGCCGCCGGGUUCUCCGCCUGUCUUCAAGGCUCGUUACGUUGCAUGA